AACAGGCAGGCGUUUGCGGCAGUAAUUCUCAGCUUCUCACCCCCGGAGAUGACUGAAGCAUGCAAUGUCUUGUUGUAUCUCUAACAACUCAACAACCCAGAGGAUCUGAAAUCGGAGUGGAUCCAGUUUGUAGACGUUUCAUAGAAGAGGGCAGUGGUCUAAACAUGGAGAGCUGUCAAUUGAUGUCUCCUGAUUUCUCGCCGGAGGAACAGAUUGAGAUUGAAAACCUCAAGAUUCACAAGCAAGACCUCCUGGCUGACAUUCAGAAGCUGAAAUGGGAGAUCGAGAACGUAAUGGCUGAAAUUCAGGACUUUGAGUCUACAGAAGAGAACAAAAUACUCGAGCGAGGAAAGCAGGUUUCUAGCGGCAAGAAAAAAUUCAACAUGGACCCUAAAAAGGGGAUCAAUUACCUGGUGCAAAAUAACCUGCUGGAGUGGAACGCCCAGAGCAUUGCUGAGUUCCUCUACAAAGAGGAAGGUCUCAAUAAGACUGCUAUAGGAGACUUCUUGGGAGAAAGAGAGGAGAUGCACCUCCAGAUCCUAAAAGCUUUUGUGGAACUUCAUGAGUUUUCAGACCUCAAUCUUGUCCAGGCACUGAGGCAAUUUCUGUGGAGCUUUCGCCUUCCUGGUGAGGCACAGAAGAUUGACCGUAUGAUGGAGGCCUUUGCCACUCGCUACUGCGAAUGCAAUUCAGACGUCUUCCAGUCCACUGACACUUGUUACAUCCUCUCAUUUGCCAUCAUCAUGCUGAACACCAGCCUGCACAACCCCAACGUGAAGGACAAGACCACACUGGAGCGCUUCAUCAGUAUGAACAGAGGCAUCAACAACGGCGAAGAUCUUCCAAAUGAGCUUCUCAUGAAACUAUAUGACAGUAUACGGAACGAGCCGUUCAAAAUUCCAGAGGAUGAUGGGAACGAUCUGACACACACAUUCUUCAACCCUGACCGGGAAGGCUGGCUUCUCAAACUGGGAGGACGAGUGAAAACGUGGAAGAGGAGAUGGUUUAUCCUGACUGAUAACUGCCUCUACUACUUCGAAUACACCACAGACAAAGAACCAAGGGGGAUCAUUCCUCUAGAGAACCUCUGUGUAAGAGAAGUCAACUACACGCGUAAACCGUACUGUUUGGAGCUGUACAACCCUAACAGUAAGGGACAGAAGAUCAAAGCAUGCAAGACGGAGACAGACGGCCGGGUGGUGGAGGGGAAACAUCAGAGCUACAUGAUCUGUGCUUCGACAGCCGAAGAGAGAGACGACUGGAUCGAAGCUAUCAGGGCAAGCAUCACAAAAGAUCCGUUUUAUGACCUGGUCUCAGUCAGAAAGAAGAAAGUCAUCAACCAAACAGCACAGGAUUGACCACAGCAGAGCAUUAUGGGAUACGGAGUUUCGAAGUGAUCAGACACUGCAGUCUGCAUGUAGCAGAAACCAAACAGGAAGUGAUGAGAAGUGGUUCUUUUCGUAUGCCGCUGAUUCUGUGGAACAAACAGUAGUCUGUAGCACAAUUAGUCCUUAUUUCCGACUUUCAGACUGUUAUCUAAAAUCUUUUAAAAUUGCCAAAAGAGGUCAUUUAAAGGCCUUGAGAAGGCAGUUUACUUUCUGAGAUCGAAGUAUUAUCAAUUUUACCGGUCUCAUGGAUCUGCAUUUUGUAAUAAUAGCCAUAGCUGGAUAUUUUGAAGAGUGUUUUCCUUGUGGGAAAUAAAGCCUGUCAGUAUAGGAAGUGUGUAUUAUCUUUGCACAUGCAAUCUAAUCUGAAAUCUGAUUGAGGAUUGAGUUGAUGAAUACCACCAGGUCAUUGAAUGGCCCGUUGUUCCGAUAUCGCCUGACUCGUCCGUUAUUUUGGAACGCAAAUCAAAUUCCGAACAAAUCAAUGUAAAUCGGUGUGAUGGUAUCGAUUUUAUUCAAAUCGUAACACGUCCACUAGACUCCUAGCACACAGAGUUGAACUGAUUGCAGAGUACAGUGAGGAUUUAUUAUAGAAAUUACACACAUUGGUUUUUCGGGCCUCAAUUAUAACUGCUGAUUUAAGUGCUUCAGUUGCACCCAUUUCUGAACGUGAAUUUUCAUGUUUUGGGCUGGAAUUACACUUGAAAAUGGAAUUCCAUUUGAAGCCAAUAUUAAAUACAUAUAAUAUGCAUUACUUUCUUAUUAAAUUAACCUAAACGAUCAACUUUUUUCACAAAAAGCACAAUUGUCCAUGCUUUAAUACUGACGAUACUUCUUGUCUUGAGUCGCCAUCUUAGUCGAUAAAAACUUCUGAACAAUUUAUACAUGCUAGAUUUUUAUUUAGAAAGCGUGAUAGGAUCUCGAAGUAAGAACACAUUUCUUUUCCACCAGAUGUUUUAAAUCUAAUUGAAAUGGGACGCUGAUACCAAAAAAUGUGUUAUUUUGGGUCACAGUGAAGAGUAACAACUUUUCACAGCCAAUUAGGUCACAAGCUGAGGGGACGAGCAAUAAAAACAACCGUGGAUGAAAAAACUGCUAGUGACAUUUUUAUGUAAAGUGAGUUAUAAACAAUAUGGAAUGGAUAAUAUUUCAUAAAGUUUUGGACAUCCUACAUUAAGUGUAUUCGCAUACACUCUUCAUUUAUUUUGCCUCUACAUCGAACCUCCUUUAUUUCAAUUUUAUUUCUUCUUUGUUGUUACUACUACUAAUAAUAAUCGAAUCUAGAAAGCAAGCUCGCCUAGUUCGUUAGCUGAUUCCACUAUAGCUAAGUCUGGUAUGAGUGUCAUUAUACAUCUGUCUAUGCCUUAUUUUAAUAUAUAACACAUACCACGGCUAGCAAAAAAACAUGAAAGCCAGCAUGAAAGUGUUACGCAGCUGACUUAAACCUGUAGUGUACAGGGUCAAUAACUGGACACAACUUUCUGUGUUUCCUCUUUGUUGUAUAUAUCAAUUACGUAUUUAUUAAUACAUGCCCUAUGCAUUGUGUGUAUAAUAUGCCUGAAUAAAAAUUAGAUUAUUUAUCCAAAAAAAAAGAAGAAUGGUAAAUAAAUGUAAACAUACUUACUUGUAAAAUUUUAUGCGUCGGACAUUCGUCAGAUUUGCCUGAUACAGUGUAUGUAUUUUUUAUUUUAUUGUACAGCAUUUGUGUACGUAGCGUAUUAUUGUGAAUCACUUGAUUAUUGGUAUUAAAGUCUUAUUGUUUUA